AUGAUGGAUGACAUUGUCGAGGAAGUGGGUGAAGAAAAUGUUAUCCAAAUUGUAACAGACAAUGAUGCAAAUUACAAGUUGGCUGGACAGAUGUUGAUGGAGAAAAAGAAUAAGCUUUGUUGGACCCCUUGUGCAGCUUACUGCAUUGAUCUAAUGUUGGAGGACUUUGAGAGCAAGAUACCUAUGCAUAAAGAUACUAUUGUUGCAAGUAAAAAGAUCACAACUUACAUCUAUGCUAGAACUGGUCUUAUAACUUUAUUGCAUCAUUUUAAUGAAGGAGGUGAGUUGAUUAGACCCAGAAUCACUCAAUUUGCAACAUCUUACUUAUGUUUGGGGUACUUGAAUGAUAAGAGGGGAGCAUUUUUUAGGAUGUUCACUUUCAAGCAAUGGAAGGAUGGUCCAUUUUCCAAAACAAAGGAUGGGAAACUAGUUCAAAAUACAGUCCUAGAUAAGGAUUUUCAGAAGAAUAUGAUGGCUGAUUUAGAUGUUGAAUUGAUGCAUACUAAUGGUACUACUAGUGCUACAUCACCUACACUUGCAGUUGCAGAUGAAUUUGAUAUUGCUGAAGAUAUAGAAGAAAGUGACAACGAAGUUGAUGAUGGAAGUGAUGAUGAUGAUGAUGGUGGUGGUGAUGGUGGUGGUGAUGAGAAUAAUGAAGAUGAUAAUGUUGAAAUUAUGGGAGAUGAUCCAAGUAAAUGGCGCAUUAGUGAUCUAAUUUAG